UGUCACUUAAUAAAACUUGCGCGGAGCGCGCACCGUGGAUUCGCUGGACGCGGCGAGAGGCUCCAGUUCUCACCCGCCCCAGAGUCGCUUGGUGCCUAGGCAGUUGCCACCCCGGUCCGCCGGGCCGCACCUGGUGAGCGCUCAGCGCUGCGCCCGACGUCCCCCGAUCCCAGACUUCCAGGGGCGCAGCUGGCGAGCCAGGGGUCUCCUCCACCGGGUGAUUGGCAGCCGGUAGCUAGGCUCCCACCUCCACGAGGAUCCACGCCUGCCGGACGUACCUGGCCUCCGCGGGACGCCACCUCCUGCUGCAACAGGGAGAAAAGAAGCUAGCACCGCCCGAGGCUAAAGCGAGCGACCAGCUCACUCCCGGGCUCAGGUCACCGCGGGGGGCCAUGGACGCGUCGCGGGACAUCGGCAGCUUUGUGGUGUGGGACUACGUGGUGUUUGCAGGCAUGCUGCUCAUCUCGGCCGCCAUCGGCAUCUACUAUGCCUUCGCGGGGGGCGGCCAGCAGACCUCCAAGGACUUUCUGAUGGGUGGCCGCAGUAUGACCGCGGUGCCGGUGGCUCUGUCCCUCACCGCCAGCUUCAUGUCCGCUGUCACUGUCCUGGGCACCCCCGCCGAGGUCUAUCGUUUUGGGGCAAUUUUCAGCAUCUUUGGGAUCACCUAUUUUUUUGUGGUGGUCAUCAGCGCGGAGGUCUUCCUUCCCGUGUUCUAUAGGCUGGGGAUCACCAGCACCUACGAGUAUUUGGAACUUCGAUUUAAUCGAUUCAUCCGUCUCUGUGGGACAAUCCUCUUCAUCGUUCAAACAAUUCUGUAUACUGGAAUUGUUAUUUAUGCCCCUGCUCUGGCUUUGAAUCAAGUUACAGGAUUUGAUCUGUGGGGCGCAGUGGUGGCAACUGGGGUGGUCUGCACUUUCUACUGCACAAUGGGUGGUCUUAAAGCAGUUGUCUGGACAGAUGUUUUUCAAGUUGGGAUCAUGGUGGCUGGAUUUGCAUCCGUGAUUAUACAGGCGGCAAUAACUCAAGGUGGGAUCAAUACAGUUUUAAGUGAUGCCUCCAAUGGUGGAAGAUUAAACUUCUGGAAUUUUAAUCCCAGCCCUCUGCAAAGACACACAUUCUGGACAAUUAUCAUCGGAGGGACUUUCACGUGGACCACCAUCUAUGGUAUCAACCAGUCCCAAGUACAGAGAUACAUUUCCUGUAAAAACAGACUCCAUGCAAAACUGUCUCUCUACAUCAACCUUGUGGGCCUCUGGGUGAUCCUCACUUGCUCUGUGUUCUGUGGGCUCGCCCUGUACUCCAGAUACCAUGACUGUGACCCCUGGACAUCUAAGAAAGUGUCGGAAGUUGACCAGCUUAUGCCUUACUUGGUCCUGGACAUUUUGCGAAAUUACCCGGGAGUUCCUGGACUUUUUGUGGCCUGUGCUUACAGUGGGACGUUAAGCACAGUGUCCUCCAGCAUCAAUGCCUUAGCUGCGGUGACCGUGGAAGAUCUCAUCAAACCUCACUUCAAGUCACUGUCAGAGAAGUCUCUGUCUUGGAUUUCCCAAGGAAUGAGUGUGCUGUAUGGAGCACUGUGUAUCGGAAUGGCUGCUCUGGCAUCACUGAUGGGAGCCUUGUUACAGGCAGCACUCAGCAUAUUUGGCAUGGUUGGUGGACCACUUCUGGGCCUGUUUUCUUUGGGCAUCUUAGUCCCCUUUGCCAAUUCAAUUGGAGCUCUCGCUGGUCUGUUGGCUGGAUUUGCCAUUUCUUUAUGGGUAGGAAUUGGAGCUCAGCUUUAUCCUCCGCUUCCCGAGAGAACCUUACCGUUAUCCCUUGAAACCCAUGGCUGUAACAUCACACACAAUGGAUCAGCCUGGAUAUCAACCACAGAAAUGCCGUUUUCUACUAGCGCUUUCCAGAUCCACAAUGUGGAGAGGACUCCGCUGAUGGACAAUUGGUAUUCAAUAUCAUAUCUGUAUUUCAGUACUAUUGGAACGUUGGUAACAUUGUUAGUGGGGAUACUUGUCAGUUUAUCAACAGGAGGAAGAAAACAGAAUUUAGACCCCCGAUUCUUACUAACCAAACAGGACUUUUUAUCCAAUUUUGAUGCCUUUAAGAAAAAGAAUCAUGUUUUAAGCUAUAAAUUGCAUCCUCUGGAAGAUGGUGGAACUGAUAACCCCGCCUUCAACCACAUUGAACCAAACUCCACAGAUCGCAGUGGCAAGAUGAACGGAACGCGCUUGUGAAGCAAUCCAGAGCUAGAUAGAGACUACCAUGUCAUGCCUGUCUUUUUUUUUUUUUUUUAAAUAUGUUUUAGGAUAAUUGGAUCAGAUCAUUUUUUCAAACCCUUAUCAUAGGUGUUUUGGAAGAUUUGUUUUUGUUAAAGCUAAGUCUCAACUUGGUUUACUUUCUACACUAAUUUAUUGAUGCUACACUAGACUUAAGAGUUUCAACAUCAGCAUAUUUCAAUAGAGUUACAGUUGUGAAUAUUAUGACCACAUACAUGUCUGAAAGACAAAUACAGACAUACACAUAUGAUACUUGAUCAAAGGCAUAUUCUUACACUUGGACAUUAUUGAAAAUAUUUUCUGUGCCUUUGGUACUAGUAUAUAAAUUCUGGGGUAUUUAACUAGAAUCAUAAAUCCUGGAAAGAGAUUUCUUGCCUCCCCUACAUAUUCUGUUUCUCGGCAGUAGUGAAAUGAGGAGGAAGAGAGCAUAUCUGUGAUCUUUACUUCUGGAUCAGCCCAUGGUGUAACUUUGCUACUGAUUCUGCCUCUGGAAUGGAGUAAACAAAAGGAUCCUGCCUAGGACACAAUAGGGACGCAAGGAUCAAGAUAAUCUUUAAUACAUUCUUGUGCCUGUUUAAUUCCCCCUGAGAUCCCCGGCUAUUGGCCAAUUACAUUGCCGGUCAUAGACUAUAGACUGUUGUCUAUAGACUAUAGAUCACUGGCUGUAGACUACAGACUAUAGCCUAUAGUUCUUGUCAUCAUUCUUAGUUUUUGUCCCAACAAUCUUGCUUUUGUUGGGCACAUUGUCCAGGCUUAACUGUUCCAGUUUCCUGGGCUUAUAUAUGUCUUGAGACAACCAAUAUGAAUCAUGUCACCUCUGUUCCUCACCCACCAGGUCCCAGCCUAUAAAUUAUAUAUGCCCACUCACCUGAUACUGACUAAUGCAUACUUCAUAAAGAUUUGGUGACUCAAGAACAUUGUAUAUUUAAAAAUGGUAAAGUCCCAUGGGGUCAGAUAAUUGUUUUUAGUGCUGUCAAGUUGAACUACUAAUUCAUAUAUUUAAAGAGCUAAAUUUCAUAGGUAAAUACUACUUUUCUUUUCACCUGUUCCAGACUUAUUACAUACAUGUUUUGUUCUAUCUUCUAAGAUUUCAAGCAGUAGUCUCAAAGUUCUCAGCCAUUUAUUUGGCUAUGUUCAUAGCUAUAACUUGCAUUAUGGAAUUUCAUCAAUAACUUAUUUUUCUAUAAUACCACAUUAGAUAUUGUUUAAAAGAUUAAGAACGUUUUCACAUUUUUAAAAGAGAAAUAUUGACAUUUUAAAAAUAAUUUAUAAUUUUAUACAUACUUCUUGGUCUGUCAUAUUUAGACAGCCAUGCUUUGUACAUUUAAAGGUUGUUCACUGAGAUUGAAAACUAAAAUAUUAAAAAAUAUUAGCAUUUAUCUGAAGCAAAGAGAUUUAUAUACCAUUUAAAUCAACCAUGUAUUCGUUUAUUUCUUAUGUAUAUAAAUAUAUUUUGAUCACCAUAUUUGUAAACAAAAAUCAAGUUUUGUGACUCUUGCAGUAUUCUAAUGAGCAGGGUCAUAUAAUCUUAUAUAUAGACUUUUAUAACUAUGAUUUGAAGUACAGUUAUUUAUCAAAUAAUUCUGAAUGAAUAUGUGUUCAGGUUUGGCAAUGAGACUCAGGUUCCUUGAAUAAUUUUUCUUUGAUUUGAUUGCCCAGAGAUUGUGCAAUGUGUUCUUUUUGAGAAAUGAUAUUCCAGACGAUUUUGUCAACUUCCUGUAAAACAAAGCAGAUCUUUGUGACAUUUGGAAAUACCGUGGUUUACUUUUGCAAACACACAGGAGUGCGGGAUGGAAGUCUUAAAGUAAAAUGAGGUUGUUAUUACCUAACUAGCGCUUGUUUAAAAUACUUUUAAAAUUUGAGGCAAAUCAAAUACAGGUGAGAUGUCAGAAUAUUAUAAUAUAAUGUAAAUCAUCUUCUCUAAGUUUUAUUGAAUCAUAGACACUUUAAAGGAAGAAAAAAAACCAUGCAAAUUGUCUGUCAGUAUCUUUUGGUGUUGACAAAUACAUGUUUGAAUUUGCCCUCAAUUCCAUUUAAGGAUGGUAUAAGCAUUAGACUUUGUACCUCACAGAAAUAGUGUGAGUGUGAAGGAGUAGAGCUUUGACAGAAUAGGACUUUAUUAAUUCAAAUAAUUUGAGGCAAAAGCAGUUUGCUAGUUUAUUUUCUUUUUUGAACUAAGAAGAAUCUGUACUAUCAUGAUGUAGAGAAAAGACCUUCUCUAAAAAUAUGUGUGCCGCAGGAAUAAGACACAUUUGAGGAUCAGUGGGAUGAUUCUAACGGAAAGAAUAUAAACUUUAAAUGAAGACAUGGCUCAGUCCUGUUCAUUCUAUAUAGAGAUGAAAACCCUAGAGGUAAGAUGUCAAACAGCAAGAUCCGUGUUUACCAAUACGAUGAAUUGUUUGCACGGUCCUUUUUUUUUUCUUUCUCUCUCUUGAGAUUAAUAGCAACCAGCAUAGGCCAUUGUGCACCUCUGGGGACAUGUUGAGGAAUUUAAGAGGUCACAAUGAGGGGAGAAUGGCAGUCACAUAGGGAGUUAAAUGGGGGAACACUGCUUAAAGUCCCGUGGGAUCUGGCAGCUUUCCUUCCCCAACCAAAAAACCCAGUCUGCUGAAGAUACUAAUAGUGUGUGUAGUUUGGGAAACCAUGAACUCUAAUGCUGAUGCUUUUUAGAUAUCAACAACCUAAUGUUUCUGUCUGAAAAAUACCAUUAGCUUGCGGAACAUUGUGAUGCUGAGUAAUGUUAAGACAUUUUCACAAUUAGGGGGUACUUAGUCCAGUCUUAGGCCAGUUCAGCCCCUCUACAUGGUUUCUAAUCCAGCCACACAUUAGGAUGAUAUGAAAUACAUGACUGCUAAGAUCUCCUAAUUUCAUUUCAUUGAUGACAAGCACGGGGAAUGCAAUUUGUUUCAUUAAGUGAGCAUAUGAUGUAGGCUCACGGGUCAGAGUGGAGGUUGAGGCAGAGUGAACAAUCCUCAAUUGAUUCCUACAGGAAAUUCUGAGUCUUGCCAUAGAGUCUUGACAAAGAGUAAACUGAGAAGCAGUUGUGGUUCAGUGGGAAAGCUCUUACUGAGCAUGCGCAAGACCCUAGGCUUCCAUCGUAGCGCGAGUCAACCGAGUGUAUGACCAUUUAGUUUCUUAAAAAUGCAUUUAGAGUUAACUUUUGUACCAUUGUUUGUGAAAUUCUGGGGGAAGUUGAAUAUUUCUACAUAAAAUAUGGUUACAAAUCUAAUUUUUUCAAUUAACUGAUUAAAAUUUCCAUAAAAAAUC